AUGUUCGAAGAAAGUAUAUUGACGUCUACAGCAUUCGAUGACUAUGUGGCUUAUAAAUAUGACAUUUCAAGUGAACUAAUUAACAAAUAUCUUCCAGAUAAACUUCCUCCGUUCGUUUCAAUGACACCUAAAAAUAUAGCUAAACGAACUAUCGUCUACCUUACACCAUUAAUACUUGCUUCGCAGUCACAAAUUAUUGAUAAUUGGGAACAAUUACCAUACUCCACAACAAUAGAAGAUCUUCUAGAACAAUUACUAUCCAAACAUGAUUCUAAAUUUCGUUACAACUUUGUCCUAACUGGCAGUUCAUUCUCAAUUGUACAAACGCCUCAAAAUCAUAAUGUAUUAUACCAUCUAUUUUGUAAACAUGCAACGUUAUGUAAUAACUCUAAAGAUGUUCGAUUUGCGGGAGAAUUUUGGCGGGAUGAAAACAACGCAUUUUGGCUGAACAAUAACUCUGGCACGUAUCAACCGGCAGACGUAUUACUUGACACAGUCAUUCAGCUCUUUCGUCGAUUGACACCUCAUUUAAAAUUCCAAGCGACAAGUUUUCGAGAUGCUAAGCGUCUUUCGACUAAAGAUCGUUUGAUGUCAAAAAUAAAAAGCUAA